UUCUGUUUGAUUUACAGUUUUCUUCUUGAACUUGGGCACCUUGCAGCUCUCUGUCCGGUCUGCCACGACACUGACAGAUUCCUGGGCUGGACCGCCUUUGAUAAGCAUCCUAUGGUAUUUUGUUCAAGAUGGCGGUGGCGAGCAUGGAAAAGGACGCGAUAAACACCGAAGAUGAUCUUCACUUUAAUAAUUCGUUUGGAGAUUCUGGGCUUAUCUCCCCUGAUAAAGAAGACAUCUCUCGUAUUCUGACAGUUCCUUUCAGUGGACGGAUCAGAGGUGGGAUGAGGCCUGGAAAGAAAAUCAUUAUAAUGGGCAUCAUUGAUCCAGAGCCAGACAGCUUUGACAUCAGUUUGACAUGUGGCCACAGUGAUGAGAAAUACGAUGAAGAGCUCACUGAUGUGGCCCUUAAACUCAGUGCACGAUUCACCGAAAGACAGUUCCUGAGGAAUGCACGGCUUUCUGGGAAGUGGAGUGAGGAAGAGGCACCCAUAGCUUACUUCCCCUUCAUCCCGGACCAGCCUUUUAGGAUUGAGAUCCAUUGUGAGCACCAGCGUUUUAGGAUCUUUGUGGAUGGACACCAGCUGUUUGACUUUUAUCACAAAGUAAAGUCUUUGUCAGCCAUUAAUAUGAUCCGGAUAGUUGGGAGUCUUCAGAUCACCAAGCUGGGCUAACCAAGCACACAUGAGCACGCGCCAGAAAGGACUUCUCACAGGUGACCAUCUGCACCUGUGCGCUUGCCACAGCUCUCACAAAGACAUCAACAACAUCUGCAUUUUCACUUCUCUUUUGCCCUCUAACCUAACAUCGUGAUGAUUUCUGAGUAUUGUAUCAUAACCUGUUGGGGAAUGGUUGCAAUAUCAGAUGUGUGUUUUCCAGUAUCUUUGCUUCAUACUGUAGCUUAUUUGUUCAGCUUCAAAAAAAAUUCAGGGAUUGCACACUUUGAUAUGCACUCUGUGGCAGUAACAUACACCACUGGGGUUUAGCUGC